CAUCUUAAAUGCUCUUGGAGUUGAUUAUCACUAUAAAAGGGGAAUUGAUGGUUGAAUUACAAGAAAUACAAUUCACUAGCCUUGUUCUAUCUUCAUCUCUGCUACCUAUCUCUUUCAAUCUCUCCCACUUUAAUUUCCAUCGAAUUAUGGCGGAGUCUUUGGUUUCUGGGGUGCUGGGGCAGUUGGCUUCCAUCACAACUGACUUGACAAUGAAAGAGCUGAGGCUGGUGAAGGAUGUUGAUGAAAGCAUAUCUAGUCUCAGAAGAAAGCUCAAAGACAUACAAGCUGUGCUGGAGGAUGCCGAAAGGAAACAACUGGACGAUGCCCGUAUUAGACGUUGGUUGGAUGAACUCACUGAUAUUUCUUACGACAUCGAUGAUGUGCUAGACGAGUGGAGCUCUGAAACUCUCAAAUCCGAAAUUCAGAAACGUGUGGAAGCGGAAGAAAAUGGUCACCAGCAAAAAGCAGCUGAUAAGAAGAAGAAGAAGGUAUGUCUUCCAUUGACCUCUUCUUGCUUUAGUGUCAACCAACUUAAACGAGUUGGUGUUCGCCGAGAUAUUGCUCACCGAAUCAAAAGGCUUAAUGAAACAUUAGAAGAGAUUGCCAAAGAUAAACAACAUUACUCUUUGGAAACAACAAAAGUUGUUCAAAAGCAGACAAGAGAAACUAUCUCCUUUGUUGAUGAGUCUCAAGUGUACGGUCUGGAUGGGCCUAAGAAUGCUCUAAUUGAGAAGUUGCUCAAUGAGAGUAGUGAAGGGCUGUCUGGUGGUGGUAAAUCAGUUCCUGUUAUCAUCCCUAUUGUGGGGAUGGGGGGAAUUGGGAAGACCACUCUUGCCCAACUUGCAUUCAAUGAUGCAGAGAUCAAAAGACACUUCUCUGAGCGGAUGUGGGCGUGUGUUUCAGACCCUUUUGACGAGAUUAAAGUUGCCAAAGCAAUCAUUGAAUCUCUCAAAGGUAGUCACCAAAAUUUAGAAACACUGGAAGCUUUAUUCCGACUUAUUCGGGUAUCCAUCGAGGGAAAGAAGUUCUUUCUUGUCCUAGACGAUGUAUGGAGUGAUGACCGUGACAAAUGGGAAAAAUUCAUACAACUGCUUAGAUUGGGUGCUGUAGGAAGUAGAGUGUUGGUAACAACCAGAAAAGUGGAAGUUGCUACUAUGAUGGGAGCAGCCGCAGAAAUGAUUACCCUGCAACUUCUGUCUGAUGAGUAUUGUUGGUCAAUAUUCAGCGGACUUGCAUUCAGGGGAAGAAAUAGUGAGGAGUGCAAACAAUUAGAGAGAGUUGGGAGGCAAAUUGCAAGCAAGUGCAAAGGCUUGCCUCUUGUAGCAAAGAGCUUAGGAAGUUUGAUGUGUUCCAAGGUGACUGAAAAUGAGUGGGAGGAUGUUCUAUCUAGUAGAUUCUGGGAAUUGAAAGAUGAACAAACCAAAACUUUUGCUCCAUUCUUCUUGAGCUAUUAUGAUUUGUCUCCUAGAGUAAGACGUUGCUUCUCUUAUUGUUCUUUAUUUCCUAAAGAUUAUAACUUUGACCCAGCUGAGUUGAUUGAACUGUGGAUGUCACAAGGUUAUUUAAGUGGUAGUCAAAAUCCGGAGGAAGAAGGUAAAAAGUGCUUUCAAAGUCUAACCAUGCGGUCUUUCUUUCAAGAUUUCAGAAUAGAUUUUGAUCAAACAAUUAUAGGAUGCAAAAUGCACGACAUAUUGAACGACUUCGCCCAAUUUUUGACGAGAAACGAAUGCUCUAGCAUGAGGGUUGAAGUUGAUAUGGAGAAAACAGAGCCUCCUAGUGUUGAAAAGAUCCGUCACUCUUGGUUGGCAUUGGCACCUAAUUUUCCCAAAAUUCCUACUUCAAUAUUUGAUCAAAGUAGUCUGCGUUCCCUUUUCAUACAAUGUACUUCAGAUACUAGUUUAGUUGGUGAAAAUAUGGUGUUAUUUCAUCAAAACUUUCGUUAUCUGAAACAUCUUAGAACACUUGCUUUGAUAUCUAGCAAAAUAACAAAGGUUCCAGAGCAAAUUGGGCAGUUGAUACAUUUGAGAUAUCUCAACUUAUUUCAGAGUCGUAAUUUGCAAGAAUUGGCUGAUGAAGUAUGUGAUUUAUGUAAUUUACAAAGUUUAAGAAUUGAAGGAUGCAGCCGGCUUCAAAGACUUCCAGAAGGGAUGGGAAAGCUAGUGAAUUUGAGACACCUUUACAUGCGUGGCUGUAAAGAAUUGGUGGGAUUGCCGAAAGGAAUUGGUGGACUAACUCAACUUCGUACACUAGACACAAUGUUUAUACCAAAGAAGAAUGAAGCAGCAUAUUUUUUGAGUCUAGGAGAUUUGAAAAGUUUGAACCACCUUCGAUUUCAAAGGUAUAUUUUUGAAAUAACUAAGUGCUGUAAUUUGAUAAAUCGGAGCGAGAGUGAGCUAACGUAUUGGGAAUGUCUUGUAUACCUAAUUCUAAAUUUUGGAGAGGCUGAUAAAAAGGAGGAAAUUAGAGACGAAGAAGAUGAAUUUGGGAUACUUGAAGCCUUACAACCACAUCCAAGCUUGAGAGGUUUGCUAAUCACUGAGUAUAAGGGUACCAGUUUGUAUCCCAAAUGGAUGAUGGGGUUGGAUAAGUUGACGGGGCUCCACAUUACACACUGCAAGCAGUGUGAGAGUUUACCUCCUUUGGGAAGCCUACUACCUUCACUCAAAGAGCUUAGGAUUGAUGGGUUGGAUAAAGUGAAAAAGAUAGGUGAUGAGUUUCUGGGACUUGGAGUGGAGCAAGCUGAAGCUGUAUCAUUCCCAAAACUGGAACGGCUUGGGUUUCACAACAUGAGGGAUUGGGAAGAUUGGGAAGGCACUGCACACACUAGUCUUCAAUCGGGAGUUAUGCCGUGUCUCCAAGUCUUAGUAAUUGAAAAUUGUGGCAAUCUCAAAUCACUACCACCCUUUCUCAAACUCACUCCAUUGCACACUCUGUGUAUCAACGCCUGCGGGGUGCUAUUACAAUCUCUGCUAAACUCAGAAGAGGAGUUCACCAAGUUUUCUCACAUCCCAUGCAUCAUCAUUGAUGGUCAAGAGGUCACCUAGAUCCGAGUAAAACAUCAGCGACAAUGAUAUUUCAUUUGAUUUCUAAAUCAACUUGCUAUAUAUGGAAAUUAAGGUACACGUCCACUUCUUAUAAUUGGGUUUGAAAUUGCUAUGCCUUCAAUAAUCCUCAUCUGGUUUUUAACUUGUUUUCCUUUUCUAGACAACAAUAUCGAACGACUAAUAAAAGUAUUUUCUGACUUGUUCAAGUGCAUAUUCUUUUCGACCUGUUGUAAGUAGCUGUGAUGGUCAUACAUUCCACAUAAUCUCGUAUGACAAGCUGUAUCAUUUCCAUCCAAAACUCAAAUACAUUAAGCAUUCCUAUUUACUAAUAAUUAUUUGUCCAUCAUUUCAUUCAAAGUAUAAUAAUUAAUCUUAUAUAUAUGUAUAUAUGAUUUUUAUUCCGGCUUUUUGAACAAACUCCUGAACUCUAUAGGAAGUGUUGUUUGCCACAAAUAUAAAUUGUUUUCCAUCCAUUUGUAUUUGUAUCUUUCUUCACUUUUAUAGGUUAGCAAUCAUUAUGUUUUAGCUAGAUUUAGUUUAUACUGUUUUUUUUCCAUUUUCUCCAUCUUUUCUUCUAAUUCUGCUUCCUGAUUUCUUAAGGUUGUAACAUGUAUUACAAAAAGAAUACUUUCAUUCCAAACAGCAAACACCAGCUGAAGCUUUUAAGUCUAUAUGUAGUGUUUUUCUAAGUUAUAUAUUUUUUCCACAAUGUAUGAUUAACCAAUAAUUUGCUUCUCAACCUAGUUCUGUAUACCAUUAGCAAACAAAUCAUUUUUCUAACUUUGGCAUUCUUGAUUUCAUUAUAAUUAUUCCUAAAACUGAAAAAGCUCUGCCUUUUAUAAAACGGUGAACUGGGAAGAAUGGCAAUUAGGUUAUGAACCAAAUUAAAGCUGGAGCGAUGUUUAUGCUAUGUAUAUCUUUGCAUUGGUAUAUAACUUUGCUUUGUCUUAUAUUUUUUUAUAAAAUUAAAAAAAUAAUGUUAAAGGUACCAAUAAGUUUACAAAAAAAUUUAUUAAAAACUAAUGCUUUGUUAUUUUACUGAUUGUAAAAUCAAUAUUUAACUAAAUAUUAAAAAAUGAAUGCUUGAAUAAAUAUAUAAUAUAUCAUAAACAAAUAAGAUAAUAAUAGCUCGUAUCUUUUUUUCAUUUUUGAUAAAUUAAUGCUAGCCCAUCUUUUAAUAAAACAUCAUGGUACUCCUAGCAUUAUUCUUGUUAAUGUUAUAAUUAUUUUCUCUUUUAUUCUUUUGAGCUUAGUGAAAGUGAUGAGAUGUGCCCAUUGGAUAGGGUUACUAUGUUUUAAAUGUA